AUGGAGCAUGUAUUUAAGGUUGCAUCAUAUACACCUAACCCAACAACGGAUCCGGAUGAUGUAAUUCUUGCAGUAAUAUUUGGAGAGUAUUCAGAAUUAGCUUAUAUUAGACCGACUAGAGACAUUACGUGGACUCGUGUUACUGGGUUGGGCAUUACAACAUUUGAUGACUUUGUGUAUUACAAGGGUCAAUUUUAUGCCUUGUCUUACGAGGGAGAGCUUGUGUCUUUCGAUGUUACAAACCCAUCUAAGUCAAAUAUGAGGUUAGUUUUGGCAGAGGAUUCUGAUAAAUAUUAUUUUGUUAAAAGAGGAUUUUGUUACAAAAAAUAUCGGGUGAAAUCGUAUGAAGGAGAGCUUCUGCUGGUUCGAAGGUAUUUAGAUCGACGUUUUGGUGAUAUCGAUCCCGUCACGAAAACUUUUAAAGUUUUCAAAUUGAGUUUUGUUGGACCGAGGUGGAUUGAGAUGAAAGGUUUUGGUGAUAUGGCUUUGUUUGUAGGCGACAACGCCUCCACAUCCGUCUCUGCUUCAAACUUUUCUGGGUGUUUGAAGAUCAAUUGCAUCUACUUUACUCAUGACAAGAAUACUAUUCCAAUUGGUGACUUUGGUCCUUGCGAUUUGGGUGUCUACAAUCUUGAAACUAGACGUGUCGCACUACGUUUUACCAUUGACGAUGCAGCCUUCCCUAAAAUGCGUGGACAAGCACCGAUUUGGGUUUUGCCUACCUAUAUUAGCGAUUGA